AUGGAUCUAGUGUGGAGAGACGGCGCUGAGCGAUCUCAACCGUUCUCGUACAGUGUAGUAGGCUUCCUCGACAGCUCUCAAGAAAUUGAGUAUGUUCAGUGUCGCGGGAGAUGCCAGCACGACGAGAAGGGGAUUGGCUGUCACCUUGACUGCUACAGUUCAAUAUCCAUUGAGACCUUUUCGCAGACCUACGAAGUGACUGCACCCGACUUCGAAUCAUCACAAUUAGCGAACUGCCAGCGUUCCCGUUGGUUACGGUCCUGGCUCGCCUCGAUAAUCAGAAGGGCGACGCACUCCCGCUUCCCUCCGGAAGUCUGCAGCGACAUCGCAGUUCGGGCUCUUGAUCAAGAGACCAGCCGUCGAAUGGCCGUUUGGUAUGCCGAGAGAAAGUGCGGUGAGUUCGCGAGAAACGGAUCGCAAGUCACACUUUUGAAGAAAAUAUAUGUUCGAUACGCAUACUUCGAGGGCACCCGAUACAUUGCGCGAUUGACAAAUGCAGCCACCAACAAUAGAGAUAUACUGGUGUUUGAUCCACUGUCGCAGACA